AUGGAGGGUGAUUAUGUCGACGCCGGACCUUCGACGGCGGGAGGCGGAGGCAGAGGCCGUGGCCUGAGCGUCAGCUCCGUGGAGAGCUUCCAGCUGUACACGCCGGACGAGGACAAGGCCGUGAGGCGCAAGUUUGACCGCAAGCUGGUGCUCUUCGUGGCGCUGCUGUAUAUGCUGAGCUUUCUCGACCGAUCCAAUAUCGGCAACGCGCGCAUCGCCGGCAUGGACGAAGAUUUGCAGUCCAGCCCUCCUCGCGAAGAGUGGUACGAGUGGGCUCUCACGUCCUUUUACAUUGCCUACAUUGCCUUUGAAUGGAUGUCCCUCCUGUGGAAGCUCAUUCCGGCGCAUAUAUACGUCUCCGUGCUGGUCUUGACCUGGGGACUAACAGCAUCGCUACAAGCCAUUGCCGUGUCAUAUCCGAUGCUCAUCACGCUGCGUGUUCUACUUGGUAUAGGAGAGGCGGGCUUCACAGGUGUGCCUUUUUAUCUGAGCUUCUUUUACAAGAGGCACGAAUUGGCCUUUCGCACUGCUAUUUUCAUCUCAGCCGCUCCCCUUGCGACAAGCUUCGCAUCAACUCUGGCGUGGAUCAUCGUCAAGGUUGGCCAGCUCAGUCCCAUUGCGCCCUGGCGCCUCCUCUUCCUCAUCGAAGGCUUCCCCUCGGUCAUCGUCUCCGUCAUCGCCUGGAGCGUCAUCCCCGACUCCCCCCAGACGGCUCACUACCUCACCAAGCGGGAGAAGAAAGUCGCCCGCCUCCGUCUCCGUCGCGAAACCUCCUCGCCCUCAAAGACCAACAAGAAAUCCCCUCUCAAAGCUCGUGAGAUCCUCUCUGUUCUUCGUGACCCCAUUGCAUGGAUCACCCCCGCCGUGUUCUUCCUCACCAACAUGGCCUACUCCUCUCUCCCCGUCUUCCUCCCGAAAAUCCUCACCGAGAUGGGCCACGACAGCCUUACCGCCCAAGCUCUAAGCGCACCCCCUUACCUCCUCGCCUUCUUCAUCGUCCUCUUCACAGCUCACAUGUCCGAUCGCCUCACCGCCCGCACCGCCCCCAUCGUCUUCCACGCUCUCUCCUCAGCAUUCGGCUACGCCAUCCUCGCCCUCUCCCACCCCCUUCACGUCCCGCCCUUCGUCCGCUACCUCGCAGUCUACCCCGCCGCUAUCGGCUUCUUCAACGUCGUCACCCUCGUCAUCGCCUGGAACAUCAACAACCAGGCCAGCCAGAGCCGUCAGGGCGGCGGCUUCGCACUCAUGCAGCUCAUCGGCCAAUGCGGGCCCCUCAUCGGCACGCGCCUCUAUCCUGACCGUGAGGCGCCGUACUACACGCGCGGCAUGUGGACCUGCGCAUUGGCCAUGCUUUCCGUGGCUUUCUUGGCUGUCAUUUUGCGUUUCUACUUGAAGCGACAGAACCAUAAAAUGGACAAGGCUGAAAAGGAGAGGCAAGCAGACAGCACUACCGUCGAGGAGGAGGGCUUGGUUGUUCCCGGGAAGAAGAGGAGACACGCAGACAAGUUCCGAUACAUGUUGUGA